CGGUCGCAGACUGUCUCUGAGGCGCUUCCUGUCCGGUGAGCUUCGAACGACUGAAAUGGCGACCCAUAAUGCAUUGCGAUGGCGGGUAGGCGUGUGGGGGCGGAGCCAGGACCGGAAGUAGACCGGAGGUGGUGGCGGUGUUUCUGGCAGCUCGGGACUGAGUGCAAGAAUCACCAUGAUUCUUCAAAAGCUCUUCAGGUUCUCCUCUGUCAUUCGGUCGGCUGUCUCUGUCCAUUUGCGGAGGAACAUUGGUGUUACAGCAGUUGCAUUUAAUAAGGAACUUGAUCCUGUACAGAAGCUCUUCGUGGACAAGAUUAGAGAGUACAAAUUAAAGCGACAGACAUCUGGAGGACCUGUUGAUACUGGCCCAGAAUAUCAGCAAGAGCUGGAGAGAGAGCUUUUUAAACUUAAACAAAUGUAUGGUAAAGGAGACAUGACUACGUUCCCUAACUUCAAAUUUGAAGAUCCCCAAUUUGAAGUCAUUGAAAAAUCCCAGUCCUGAAGAAAUAGUGUAAAGUUAAUCUGGCGAUUUGUCAGAAAUUAAUUUGUUAAUCUGAGUAGUUGUACAACUAACUAGAAAUAUGAUAAUAAACAUUUCACAGCUAUCAAAUGUUCUA